AUGCAUGCAAUCGCUCCCAAUUCCCUCGCCCUCGAGGCCUCGGCGGCGCCGCCCGGCGACUCCGGCGGCGAGCAGCCGCCGGCGGAUGCCUCGAGCCGGGCGAUCGUGUUCUUCGACGCCCUCGCCUUCGACCCGACGGACCUCGUCGUCAACGACGCGUGCCCGGCGCUCGCGGAGCACCUGCGCAUCGACCCGUCGACGCCGUGCACGAUCCUCGGCGACGGCGACUCGCGGAGCGCGGCCGCGACGCGCUUGGCGUUCUUCGCCGUCGAGCUCGACGGGCGCGCGGGCUCCGUCUUCCACGUCGCCGACGACGCCACGCCCGGCGACGCGGCGGCGGCCCCCGACAUCUUCGCCGAGACGGCGCAGCGCCUCGCGGCCCGGAGCAACGUCGCCUUCGCGCGGAGCGACCCCGCGGCGCUCAUGUCGCUGCGGCUGCGGGGGCUGGACCUCACGACGAUGGCCGCGCACCUCCAGCGCGUGCGGCCGUGGACGACGGCCGCGGACGCGGAGCCCGUCUGGCUCGCGAACAAGCGCGCCGUGCUCGUCAGCGAUCUGUACGCCUACGUGCGCACGGUCUGCCGCGGCGUGCUCGUGGACCUCGGCGCCGCGGAGCGCGCGGGCAUCGUCUUCCGCGGCGGGUCGCCGCCCUACGAGUGGGUCAUGGUCGCGUCGACGGCGUUUUCCGUGGCGCCGGAGGAGGCCGAGAUCGACAAGGGCGAGGAGCUCCGCCUCUUCCGGCGCCUCGCGACGGAGCUGCGCACCUGGCUCCGCCACGCGCUGCCGCCGCCGCACGAGCUCGUGCUCUCGCGGUCGGGCAUCGCGCCGUUCCUCCAGUCGCGCCUGGUUUUGCGCAACUACCAGUCCUGCGCGACGCCGACGACGUCCCACGUGCGCUACGCCGUCGCCGUCUUCGGCAAGGAGCUCGGGCUCGAGUGGUUCGCGAGCCGCGAGCGCAACGGCGCGUCCAUCGUCCGCGCGGUCGGCGACGCGGGCCCGGCGCCCGCGCCCGAGCUCCUGCUCCAGGCCGAGAGCCCCGUCGACGGCGCCCGCGAGCUCCAGCGCGACCUCGCCGCGCAGCAGCUCGUCGACGACCUCCACGCGUGGCUCCGCCGGUCGGGCUGCACGGAGGUGUCGUGCGCGGACCUCGUGCCCUUCUACGGCGCGUUCCCGCGCUACCGGAAAGGGGGCGGCCAGGGCUCGGGCAUCAAGCACGCCAUCGUGCGCUUCGGCGGCGCCAAGCUCUCCUGGGUCGAGACGCGCGGCGGCGGCGACGCGCGCAUCGUCCUCGCGCCCGUCGCCGCAGAGGCCCGGGGCCCGCCGCCGCCGCCGGCCUACGCGCCCUUCGCCGCGCCGCCGCCCUUCGCGCCGCCGCCGCCGCCGCCGCCGUCGCCGCCGGGCCUCGGGGCCGACGACGACGCCGCGCGGCUCGUCCGCGGCGUGCUCGACCUCGUCAUCGGCGACGACGAGGUCGAGGCCUUCGCGACGCCCGUCAAGGGCUCGCCGCCGCCGUCGGAGACGUCGACGGCCGCCUCGUCGUCGGAGAGCUCCUUCGCCUCGGCGAGCUGGCCGUGGGCGCGCGCGGCGCUCACGCCCAUCCCCGCGCCCGCGGCGCCGGGGCUGUCGCGGCUCCAGCCGCCGACGACGCCCUGGGACCAGGCCGCGGAGCGCUACCGCCCGCUCGACUGCCGUGAACGUGCCGCACGCGCUAAAAACGUCGGAUCGCGGACGAUGCGGCCCUGCUACGUCGUCCUCGGCCUCGCGGCGGCCGCGCGCGGCGGCGCGCUCACGAAGUCGACGCUGCGCGUGCGCACGUGGUGGCGCCUCCUGCGCGAGUACGGCAGCAUGAAGCGCGUCUACGCCGCCCACGCGGCCCAGGACUUCUUCGUCUACGGCACGCCGCCGGCGCGCUACGAGGACCUCGGCAGCCACGUCGCCUUCGCGCAGCUCGAGGCGUUGCGCGCGAGGAAGAACGACGGCGCCGCCUUCGCGUCGACCGUGACCUUCGCCGGCGACUUCCCCGUGCUGCCCACGUACCUGCCCAUCGAGGAGGGCGCGGCCGCGUGCCUCGGCAUCCUGGGCCUCGCCGCGGCGGACCUGCACGAGCUCCGCGGCGGCAGCCCCCAGGAGGUCACCGUGCGCCAGUCCGACGCGGGCUUGAGCACGGCGGGCUACAUGUUCCUCGACGUCGAGCCCGACGGGAACUACGGGGGCUGCAAGGGCUUCGAGGGCACCAUCGACCAGGAGGGCAAGGUGAACCCCGUGCGCAAGGCCUACGAGGCCGGCGACGGCAGCCACGUCUUCCUGCACGGCGGCUUCCCCAAGCUCAAGCGGGGCAUUCUGGACUUUUUGGACGCGGCGCCGACCGUCGAGUCGAUCGGCGCGGCCGUGAAAAAGUGGAAGGGCGCGGACCUCGAGGCGGCCAUGCAGGCGAAGCAGCUCGCCGUGACGCUCUGCCGCACGCCCGCGGAGUGGCGCGCGUCGCCCCAGGGCCGCGUCGUCGCGGGGUUGGAGCCCGUGACGUUCUCGAGGGCGGAGGGCGACCACGCGGGCCACGUGCGCCGAUUGAAGCCCGGCGUGCGGCCCCUGAGCGACGUCAUCGUCGUCGACUUCAGCCACGUCAUCGCGUCGCCCAUGGUCGGGCGCACGCUCGCGGAUUUCGGCGCGACGGUCUUCAAGGUCGUGACGAAAAAACGGCCGCGGCGCGCGCUCUUCGACGAGGAGACGAACAACGGCAAGCAGCCCCUGGAGCUCGACCUCGCCGACGCCGCGGACCUCGCGCGGCUCUGGAGCCUGCUGGACGCCGCGGACGUCCUCGUCGACGGCUACACCGAGGGCGCGCUCGCGAAAUUCGGCCUCGACGAGGCCGCCGUCUUCGCGCGGUGCCCGCACCUCGUCUUCCUGCGCGUGUCCUGCUACGGCCACGACGGCCCGCUGUCGGCGGCGAAGGGCUUCCAGCAGAACGCGAACUUCGCGACGGGCGUCGGCACGAUCGCGGACGAGGACCUCCUGGGCUACCAGCUCACGUCGCAGACGGACUACGCGACGGGCUUUUUGGGCGCCUUCGGCGUCGUGCGCGCGCUCACGGAGCGCCAGCUCGCAGCGGAGCGCGGCGAGCUCGCGCCGAUGCGCGUCCGCGCGUCGUUAUGCCAGGCCGCGACGUGGAUGGCCCAGUUCGGCGCGCGGCUCCCGACCUUCCGCGACUACGCGAAGCGCAUCACGCGCCUCCUCUUCAAGCUCGACGGCCGCAUGCGCGUCGACGGCAACCUCAAGUACCUCCCGUUGGCGCUGACCAUGUCCGAGACGCCGCCCGCGCGCGUGACGGGCUUCGCCCGCUGGUGGACCGACGACGUCGAGCCCGCGGAGGUCGACCCGAACAUGGUGUCCAUCAAGCUCGAGGACCUCAAGGACCACCUGAAACUGGUGACGACGCUGGGCGAGCGCUUCAAAGAGUGCAAGUCGAAGGACAACCACGUCUUCAUGUUCGUCAAGGAGUUCCUCAAGGUCAACGACGCGAAGUUCACGUCGGCGGACCUCGCGGACCUCAUCAUCCUCCUCACGAACAACAAGAAGGCCAAGGACCUCCUCAUCGAGAAGCCGACGGAGUCGAACAAGACGAAGAAGAGCAAGAAGAAGAGCAAGAAGGAGCAGCUCGAGCAGAACAAAAAGCACGCGGACCUCUUCGGCGAGGCCGAGGCGGGCGAGUACGACAACUACGAGGACCAAUACGACGACUUCUUCUGA